AUGUCGACGUGCUACUAUCCCGACGGCACGAUUUCCACGGACACGCCGUGCAACACAACGGCCAUUGAAUCCGCCUGCUGCGCUCCCAACGCCAUCUGUCUUGGCGGCGGCGUCUGCUGGGAUGGCGCCGGGCUCGCGCGCGGCGCCUGCACGUCGAAAGACUGGACCGAUCCGGCCUGUUUCCAGCAUUGUAAAGAUGCCUCGCCCAGCACGGGCGCUCCCCUCCAGUUCUGCGGAAUCUCCAACUACAAUGCCAUGUACGCCUGCUACAACCAGAGCACGUAUCAGUGCGUUGCUUCAAAUAACGGCCGAUUCGCCCUCGAUACUGCCGCUGCUUCGCUCGUCUUGCGGCCCACACAGCUCGCCGCCCUGAAUGCCGAAGCCACGAGUACGAGUACGAGUACGAGUACGAGCAGUAGACUUGGCAACGCGGGUGCCGCGAGCAGUAGCAUUGGAUACGCGGCGAGUUCGAGCAGAAGCAUUGCCAACCCGGCGAGUGCAAGCAGUAGCAUCGCCAACGCCGCAGGAGCGAGCAGUGGCAUUGGCAACGUCACGACGAACGGGGUCGCGAGGGCGUACACUGCCGGCGAUAUGGCGGCUGUAGGGGCAGGAGUCGGGGUGCCACUGGCGCUGGCGCUGGCGGCGGCGCUGAUAAUGCUGAGGAGGGAGAAGAGAAGGAGUGAGAGAAAGGAGGCGGAAAAGACGCAGUGGAUAUGGCGGGACGACCAGGGAGAUAGCGUGGGGAAGGAGGAGCUGCAAACGCACGAGAGGCCGGUCGAGUUGGAUGGUAAUAGGGGGACGUAUGAGCUGCCGGUGUACGGGCCAUGA